AAGGCCUGGCAUGUUAGAGCUCGCGAGUAUAAGACCCCUCGGCUGUGUAGCUCGCUGUGGUGAUCUGAGUGCGUGUUCAGGAGAAAAUACAGAGCGUGUCGUUCGUGCGGCAGGAGGUGUUCGAGCGUCGGGAAAAAUACUGUGUUCAUCCACCCCUCCUCAGAGCUUGUCUCCGGUGAUCGCCGGAGGGAGCCGGUUCCAUUUUUCUUCUAUCGUUUGGUAUCAGAGCGACAGGUGAAGGAGGAGCUCGCCGGCCAUGGCACUGGUCCCGUACUCUGGCGGGACGGGGACGAUGAUGUCGUCGUCGGUGCCUCUGCUCACGGGGGAGAACUAUACCACCUGGGCCAUCAAGGUGGAGGCUGAUCUCGAUGUUGCUGGGCUCUGGGAGGCGGUUGUGCCACCGGAGGAAGCGGCGUCGGCGGUGAUCGCGAAGAAAGAUAAGCCGGCGUGAGCUUACCUGCUGCGGGCGCUCUCCGACGACCUGCUGCUGCAGGUGGCCGCAAAGAAGACCGCAACGGAGAUCUGGAGCAGCCUCAAGUCAAGGUUCGUCGGAGCUGAUCGCGUGCGGGCGGCGCGGCUGGCUACGCUCCGAGGGGACUUCGAGCGGCUGCGCAUGGACGCCGACGAGUCUCUGGACGCGUUUGCAGGGAAGAUCAGCGGGAUGGCGGCGCGCUACGCGGGGCUUGGAUCGACCCUGGACGACGCCGCGAUGGUCAAGAAGUUGCUCGACGCCUUGCCGGACCGCCUGUACGCGGCGGUGGCAGGGAUCGAGCAAUUCUGUGACGUAUCGAUGAUGCUCUUCGAGGACGCGUUGGGGCGGCUCAAGGUGUUCGACGAGAGGCUGCGGCGGCGUGGACAGGACGGCGGUGAGCGUGGCGGCGACCAGUUGAUGCUGACCAUGGCGCAGUGGCGGGCGUAGGAACGGCAGCAAGGAGGAGCGCGCGAGGACGACGACGGUCGGAGCAUCGCGUCGGGCAACCACGGCAACCGUCGCGGGCGUUGCUACAAGUGCGGCAAACGCGGCCAUUUCAAGCGGGUCUGCCCCGAGUGGCGGAGGGAACCGGCGGCGGAGCGCGCGUUGCUGGCGGACGUCGACGACGUCGACGAACCCAGGCUCCUCUGAGCCGCGGCUUAGGAGGAGAUUGUUAGGGCUAAUAAGCCGCGGGGUGAACCGGCCGUGCCGGACGCGUGUAUGGGUGCGCGUCGGGCACGACGGGCGAGCCAGGACCGCGCGUGUGUGUGUGUGUACGUGAGCCAGCGUGUGUGCGCGCGGGGCCACGGGAGCUGGCGAGGGUGCAACAGCCAAGACCGCUUCGGGCGCGCGAGGAGGCCGUGGCUGAUGGAUAAGUCUAUGUACUAUGGUCUUUGUGGGGCUGCAGCACAUAGUCCUUUGUGGGGCUGCAGCACAUGGUCCUUGUGGCUGUUAGGAUAGAAUC